AUGGCGCCGCCCUCAGUACUCGAUCCUGCUGCAUUGCACGCCAGCAACAGCAAGACCUCGAGUGCUGACAGUGCUGAGGAUUCUGCAUAUGUCGGAUCCUCUCGCACAGCCAGCAACGCGACAAAUGCGGCUUCCUCAUCUACAGCUAGCAGCUCUCGACCUGAAAUCGUCCCUGUACCGAACCAUGGACAAAUCGACGGCGUUAGCAGUGGUCGCAACCUUGCCGUGAAUCGACAUACGGGGGAAGUGCUCGACGACGAUACUGGUGAGAUUGUCACCACGACGACAACCACCACCACAACAACGACGACUCGGAGACGCGGCAAUGGAAACCUGAGCCAUGCCAACAGCUACCAGAGUCAAGUCCCUACGCCGGGUGGUCCAAACAAUUAUGGUUCACCAGUUGCUGAAGCUCCUGGCGAUUCCCUUGCAGCGACGUCGCAGCAUCAGCAGCCACUGUCCUCUCAGUCGGGCCACUUGAUGCCCCAACAAGCUGUUCCCGGCUCUGAACGUCCUUCUCUUUCUCAACAUGAGAGUGACCAGACGACAUCCCGUACCACUGAUCUGCCAGAGAGGAUUCACAAUUCGCCUUACUAUCAAGAGCAAACCAUCAAGCCCGAGCCAAGCAAGAGCUCUUCACACGUUCCGCAGGCAAAUGGCUCUGGUCCAAGUGCGCCACAAGCAGAGGCCUCUGAUCCACAGCGUGGACGAAAAGAGACUGUCGAGAGGUGGGAAGCAUUGGAGGAGCUCAAGAAGGCGAGUAGGGAAGCAGCACCAGCAUGGAAGAGUACACUCAAGAAUCUUGAAGGCGUUGCUGUCGGACUACACGCAAUGGGCAAGACUCUCGAGCCGAAGCUAGAGGAGAUGGAUCGCCGACAGAUGGAGAAGAUGGAGAGGAUGCAGGCUCAACAGAAGGCGCAGCGAGCUGGUCAGUCCAAUAGACGAACGCAGCACACCAAUGGAAACACUACAGCGCCCACGGAACUACAGAUGUCGAAAGAGGAGGCACGACGAGCCAAGAGCAAAGACAGAGUCUGGAAUAUGAACGAUACAGUUCAUGCAGCCGAGCGUCGACAAUUUCGCAGUGCUUCCCCAGAGCAUCCUGGUCUGAGUCCACGAGUCCGUGCGAUCCCCCCUCCGAACGGAACGAUCAGAGCAGAGGAAUGGGCACCGCCGCAUGCGCCACCUGAUUCGAUGUAUCACUCCUCCGGUCUGACUACUACCCCUGCAUCAAGUAAAGCCGAGGAUAGUGCAGCGUCGAAGGCCGACAGCUCUAGUAAGCACUCCUCUGAGGAGAAGAAGGAGAGUGGAGGAUUUAUGAACAAGCUGAAGAAGAAGAUGGGCGCGAGUUGA